AGACCGAAGCCCCGCCCCCUGCCCUGCUGCUGAGCGGACUCGUUGCGGUGCGCGGAGUCGAGUUGAGCGCGGAGGGAGCCGUUUCACCGCAGCGUUACCUGGAUGAACUCGGCGGGUCUGAAGCCGGAGGCUGGUGGUGAAGCGAGGGGAACGACGGAGAGAUACAGCGCCUGAGUGUUCCUCCGAGGUGGCACGAUGAAGCUCUGGAUUUGUGUGCUCGCUGUGAUUUGGUCGCUGCAGUCUGCACAUGCGGGGACGAAGACGUCUGGACCAUGUGCAGGGCGUGACUGUAGUGGGGAAGGAUGUCCAUGUCUCCCAAUAAAAGGCAGCAGGGGUCGCCCUGGGCCCUUGGGGCCAGUGGGACCCGGUGGACCUGAGGGCCUUGGUGGUGCACCAGGGCCUGUGGGACCUAAAGGAGAAAGAGGUCAUGUGGGUCGAUCAGGGCCUUCUGGACCAAAAGGGGACAAGGGUCCGAUGGGUGUUCCUGGAUUUCCGGGUACUGAUGGUGUUCCAGGUCACCCUGGCCAGGAAGGGCCACGAGGACUUCCAGGAGCUGAUGGCUGCAAUGGAACACAGGGUGAUCCCAGCUUUCCAGGCUUCCCAGGCCUACCUGGCAGACCUGGAGCCCCAGGUUUACCUGGCAUCAAAGGGCAAAAAGGAGAACCCGUGUAUAUUAAUAUAGACAUCACGGGUCCUCCUGGUGCUCCUGGUCCAAUUGGUCCAAUUGGUCCCACUGGUCCCAUCGGUUACCCUGGCCCUCCUGGUCCAUCUGGUCUUCCUGGGCCAACAGGAAACCCUGGCCAGGGUUACCAAGGAGAGACAGGAGAGAAGGGGGAUGCAGGUCCACCGGGACUCAGGGGCGCUCCGGCUGCUAUGUUAGGCUCACCAGCUAUAAGCACUAUCAACAAAGGAGAUAAGGGAGACGUGGGGCCACCCGGCGAUCCAGGCCGGCCACUGGUCAAUGGAAUUGUGGAGUUAGUUGGAUUUCCAAAAGGAGACAAAGGAGCUCAGGGUGAUAUUGGCUAUCCCGGAGAACAAGGAUUCCCAGGAAGACCCGGACCACCAGGCCCUUUUGGCUUCACUGGGGAAUAUGGUGAGAAAGGAAUUCCCGGCUUACCAGGUUUACGAGGACCUCCUGGUCUGAAUGGACCACGUGGAGAAGAUGGUACAAAUGGAUAUCCUGGGGACUAUGGCUUACCUGGACAAGAUGGCUUUCCAGGCCCUAAAGGUUACAGAGGAGACAUAGGUCCACCAGGGCCAACUGCCUAUAAUGGUGAAGGAGGAUUUGUGAAAGGUCCUAGAGGUGAUCCUGGGUUUGAUGGCUAUCCUGGUGAGGUUGGAGAUUUAGGUCCAGAAGGGCUUCCUGGAGAACCUGGUGCUCCUGGAUCUUCUAUCUCAGGCUCUCCAGGACUUCCUGGGCUGCCCGGUUCUCCUGGGUUUAAGGGAGAGAAAGGAAACCCUGGUCGUACAACCUAUGGUCCUGAAGGGCAGCCUGGAAGUCAAGGUUUACCUGGACCUCCAGGCCGCCCUGGACCUCCAGGUCGCCCUGCACCCUUUGGACCAUUUGAGCCAUCCAGCUUACCUGGGCCACCAGGUCCUAAAGGUGUCAGAGGACCCCCAGGAGAAAGAGGUUACAACGGAUUUAAAGGAGAACUUGGAGACAAUUGCAAUUGCUUGGGUGGAGGAACCUCUGGUCCACAAGGUCCACCAGGGUUUAAGGGGUUCCCUGGUCUCCCAGGAGUAAGUGGACAGAAAGGAGAAAUUGGUGACCAAGGAUUUCCAGGACUUCGUGGACAACAGGGCCCAAGUGGUCGUCCUGGAGAUCGAGGCUUUGCUGGGCGGAAAGGAGAGAAGGGGAACUCUUACUUUGCUGGAAGUCAACGACAGAAGGGUGAUAGGGGUGAGCCAGGACCUCUUGGUCCCCCAGGUGAUAUUGGCAAACCUGGAAGAGAUGGAGUCUCUGGUUUCCCUGGACUACCAGGACCACCGGGAGAUGCUAGUUUUGGGGUGCCUGGAGACAGAGGCUUCCCUGGGUUUCCUGGAAGAAAGGGCCUUCCUGGUCCAGUCGGCGAGGCUGGCAUUGGCUAUCCAGGCAGUGCUGGUGUUCGAGGUUUGCCAGGGGACCCUGGCAUCAAUGGUUUUCCAGGAGAACCUGGACUUCAAGGGGCACCAGGUGACAGCUGUGGGCAGGCAGGGCUUAAUGAAGCCUCUUUCGGAGAGGGAGGACAGACACUGCCCUGCGUAAUUCCAGGAGAAAUUGGAAGUCCAGGAUUUCCUGGCCUGCCAGGAGUGCCAGGUCCAAAGGGUCAGCCUGGUCCUCCAGGAUUAAGUGGACGGCCUGGUCUUGAUGGUAUAAAGGGUGAGAGAGGAAGUCCAGGCUUUGGAGGUCAACCAGGUCCACAAGGCUUCUCUGGACCAAGAGGAGAUCCAGGUUUACCAGGCACCACUGUCAACGGCUUCCCAGGUAUUCCAGGAAAAGCUGGUCGUCCUGGGCUGUCAGGAGUAAAAGGAGAACCUGGUGAGGCUUUGGGUGCCUCUCCAGGAGUCCAAGGAUUUACAGGGCCAGUUGGAGAGCCUGGAGAUAAAGGUCAACAAGGCACCCCUGGAAUACCAGGCCAACCUGGUUUCGAUGGGCGCAUUGGUGUCCCAGGUGUGAAGGGUGAACGAGGUGCAGCUGGUUUUCCAGGCAUAGAAGGACCGCCAGGCACACCGGGUUAUGUCCGUCCAACUGCUCCAGUUCGAGGGCCACCUGGCGAUCCUGGAUUAUCCGGACCACUAGGCUGCCAAGGUUUCCCAGGGCUGAAGGGUGAAAAAGGAGAUCCUGGACCAGGCCUUCAAGGAAGAAAAGGUGCUGCUGGACCGUCUGGACUUCCUGGACCCCGAGGAGAGACGGGGCGUCCUGGAGCACCUGGUCCAGCACGUAAUGGAAUACCAGGCAGACCAGGGCUAAAAGGAGAGAAGGGUUUGCCAGGGCUGGUGGGGUUUUCUGGAAUUCCAGGACGUGACGCUGGCACUGGACUCCCAGGGCGUAAAGGUCUGCCAGGAAUCCCAGGACGGGAUGGUCUAUCUGGAGAACGUGGAAUAAAAGGAUUCAAAGGGGACCGUGGUGAGCCAGGUGCACGAGGGUCUGCCAUUCCAUUCACUCCAUCUGGUCUCCUAAGGAAAGGGGAUCUAGGAGAGCCUGGAGCUAAUGGCCCACCAGGGUUCCCAGGCCCAAGAGGUGAUAAGGGAUUUCCAGGGUUGUCUGGUCGUCAGGGCUUACCAGGUCAGCCCGGAGAUGCCUAUCCAGUCAAGGGUCUACCUGGCGAUGCAGGAUUUCCUGGGCGUCCAGGUUCUGCUGGCUUUCCAGGAACUAAAGGGGCAUCUGGUGUUCUGGGCUUCCCUGGAAUGCCUGGACCCAGGGGUGAUAAUGGAGACACUGGUUUACCUGGAUUGCCUGGUAGUCCAGGGCGGCCUGGCAUCAAAGGUGAGAAAGGUGAUGCUACUGGAGCCCCUGGGCCCCCUGGAGCAAAGGGAUUGGUGGGAAAUCCUGGAUUCCCAGGAGAACAAGGUGCUGCUGGUGAACUGGGUUCUCGUGGUUUCCCUGGAGUUCCUGGGGUACCUGGGCAAAAGGGUCUACCAGGAGAUGCAGGAAGGGCAGGACUCAGUGGUUUGCCUGGACUCCCCGGAAGCAUGGGUCUUCCUGGUUACUCAGGAGAGAGGGGUCGCAGUGGUGAGCCGGGACGCCCAGGUGGUCCAGGCCGAAUAGGAGAGAAAGGUUUACCUGGCUCCCCUGGUUUAGAUGGUCUCAAUGGACUUCAAGGACCCAAAGGUCAACAAGGAGUACCUGGGGUGACAGAGGGUGGUCGGCCAGGAGCACCUGGAAUGAACGGUCUGAAAGGGGAAAGAGGCUCAUCACGGCCAGGACAGCCAGGAUUCCCUGGACCAAAGGGGAGCAGAGGAGACGCUGGUGCUCCUGGUCAGCCAGGUUCCCCAGGUCCUCCAGGCCCUCGUGGGCCAUCCACUUCCUCUAAUAUACCAGGUCCAAUUGGAGAUCCUGGUCUGCCUGGACUGGAUGGUGGACGAGGUGUUACUGGCCCCCCUGGUCCUCCUGGUCCGGCAGGCCCUGGAACAAUUCAGGGAGACAGAGGAGAUCCAGGGAUUCCUGGAUUCCCUGGAAGUCCUGGAAUCCGUGGUGAUCCUGGACUUUCAGCAGGACUUGGAUUACCAGGCAGCCCAGGACUUAAAGGAGUGAGAGGUGACCCUGGAAUUGGUGGGAUACUAGGACCUCCAGGAUUUUUUGGAGAUCCAGGAAGUUAUGGGAACAGAGGACCAAAAGGAGUACCAGGUAAGCCUGGCAGUCCUGGACUUCCUGGGAUUGUAAUCGGACCACCACGUGUGGAAAAACCGAGAGGUGAAUAUGGCCCGCUUGGAUUUACUGGUCUUCCUGGUUUGAAAGGAUCACCAGGCGAGCCUGGCUCACCAGGACGUCAAGGUUCUAAAGGAAGGAUUGGAGCAGUGGGGAAACCUGGGCACCCAGGUCAUGCUGGAGCUCCAGGAUUUACUGGAGACCCUGGAACCCCUGGAUUCCAAGGACUUGAUGGUUAUCCAGGAUUUCCUGGUAAAGCUGGCUUACCAGGUCGUCCAGGUCUACCUGGGCGCAGCAUUGGGAUUGGCUACACUCUGGUGAAGCACAGCCAGUCAGUUCAGGUGCCCAUGUGCCCUCAGGGCAUGGCCAAGCUAUGGGAGGGAUACAGUUUGCUUUAUGUAGAGGGACAGGAGAAGGCCCAUAACCAGGACCUGGGAUUGGCUGGUUCUUGUCUGCCUCGUUUCAACACCAUCCCCUUCCUCUACUGCACCACCAAUGAGCUCUGUUACUACGCCAGCCGCAACGACAAGUCCUACUGGCUGUCCACCACGGCACCCAUUCCCAUGAUGCCUGUGGCAGAGCAGCAAAUCACUAACUACAUCAGUCGCUGUUCAGUGUGUGAAGCUCCUUCUCAGGCAGUUGCCAUCCACAGCCAAGACUCCAACAUACCCCCUUGCCCAAAUGGGUGGAGGAGCCUGUGGAUUGGAUACUCUUUCCUAAUGCACACGGCUGCAGGGGCAGAGGGAGGUGGUCAGUCUCUGGUGUCUCCUGGCUCCUGCUUAGAGGAUUUCCGUGCCACGCCCUUCAUUGAAUGCAAUGGGGCCCGUGGCACUUGCUUCUUCUUCAACAACAAGCACAGUUUCUGGCUGACCACUGUGGAGCAGGACAGGCAGUUUGUGCAAAGUCCGGAGUCGGAGACACUGAAGGGAGGCAAGUACCGUGACCGCAUCAGCCGCUGCCAGGUCUGCAUGAAGAUCCUGUAGCCUGAACAGGCAGGAGAGAGGGACUUUCACAGAAGGAGUGAAAGAAGAGACUAGAGAGAGAGUUGAGAAAAGGAGAGCAUCGGAGGGAUAGGAUGUAAAUGUUGACUGACUGACUGACUUUAUUCACCCCCUCUCUUGGAGCUUUCUACAAAGUUGUGUUAUCGAGUGCAGGUAGAGCCCCUGCUGAUAGAAGUUGCAAUGGGAAGAGGUUUGAAUUCUCUCCCCUCAUUUAUCAACACUGGUGCUACAGAAAAAUGUUUAUUUUAUUUGUAUUUGAAUUUCUUGUCACCGUUUUUGUCUUACGUAUUCACGGCUACCUCAGAGAGUGUGUCCCAAAUCUGCUAUGGACAGCACUGAACCGUUAAUGUGCGACUGCAGCCAUACAUAACUCCUCUGAUUCAACUGGUUACAAACUUUGACCCCGUUUACACCUGGUUGUUUUUUUGUAUUUUAAGUAUCAGGAUGAUAUCUAUAGAUAUAUAUUAUACACAUAAAUACGCUGCUGUAAAUCUACACCAAAACAUUUAGAACAGAUUGAAAUCUGGUUCCGACGAGCUACUUCAGGAAAAGUUAAUCACAAAUGAUAGUCAAUACAUUUGUCUCUCCGAACCAAGUUUGGCAACCGCAAAUUCAUUACAUCAUAAUGCAAGUGGUCCAUGACUGUGAUGACUUGAACAGAAGGCUAAUCAUGACAUGGUAGGUGCACAGGAAAUGGACAGAGCCCUAGUUUUGUCAUUUUUGACUCAGAAACCAUCUUUCGCAUAGAACAGGAAAAACUAGAAAUGAAGUACACCAAUAAUCGGUUGUUAUGUUGAGCGAUUUGCAUAUUACAUGCCAUUAAGCAGCUGAAUUUCACUCAAACUAACUGGAGAUACAAUUAUUUUACUUUACAAAGUGUAAAUGUAUUUUCUUAAAAUCUUAACAAAUCUCAGGAUACAAUCCAGAUAUGACCAGAUGUUGAUGGGGCCAUAAUUUAGAGUUUUGAUGCUUCCAUGACUGGCACAAACCACAUUUCUCAUAUUUAGAAUUAUAAGUGGCAUUUGGUUAAGCCAAACUUUUGUAAGUGAUAUUGUGCUUAAUGAGUAACGUGUGAAAUCACAACUCUUUCUACCCCCAAACAUGUAUCUUUAAUGUAUUGCACUGACGUUCAUAUCUGGGUUCACAAUGCAGUAAAGUUCCACAAUGUGGCUCAGACGCACAGAUCACUCAGUUCAAAACAGAGGGAUCUGGGCUUGAUAUACAACAACUAUAGAAAAUCCACUCCCACCUUUUCCCUUUAACAGGUGCCUUUAGCAAAUGUCAUCAUAAUAAAUACUCUUUAUUUCCUUUUGCCUGAAAAACUGAAUAACAUCUCAUUCUCUGUAGACAUGUGAACAAUUCCAUUUCCAUAUUCAUUGUCAUCAUUAUUCCUUCCACUGGCCAGAAUGAAAAGACAUAAGAUGUUCAUCCCUUUCCAAUACUGAAAGUAUGAACAAUGUCUGUUAUCUCAACGUUAAGUUUGUUUUUCCAGAUUGAGUUUGUGUUUUGAGUCUCUUAAAGAGACAUCGUGAUAUGUAACCACUAUAGCCACUAAGCCUCUUAACCUCUCUUUGGUAGCCUUGAGUACAUGCUUUCCGUUUGUAAUGUUUGUAUGUAAACAGAUAGGUUGCUGUUUAGUUGCUUCAUCGUAUGACAGGAAAGAUGUGAAAAAAUCUUUUUUUUUUUCUUUUUUUUUUUAACUUGUACAUUUUUUAGAAUAAUAAAAACUUCUAGAAUGUUUCUAGCAUUUCAGCUUAUUUUUAAGGGUUGUUUGUAAAGGCCUAUAUACACCUAUGUAUGUAUAUUACAGGAGUAUUUGCAUUUUGUCUUACAUUGAUGCCCACAGAUGUACAAUUUAAUAGCUCAAGAGGAUUUUUUGUUUUAUUGUGUAAUUUUUUAAAAUUUACUAUACACAUUUUUACUCACAUCACAUAGCUGGACAGAUGCAUUACCAGUAUUACUGCAAAUGCUUUAUCAGAAUGGUUCCAAUGUUUAAUAAUGAUGUUCCCUAUUAAAUAAAGUAUUGAAAUUAAAGUAUUGAAAAUGA